AUGGCAGAUCUUCAACUCGAUAUACUUGAAAAAUUGGAUAAGGAUGGAGAAAUCAAAUCCAGUCUCCAAACUUUCCCCAACAUCAAUCCCCAAGUGAUUUUAUCCGCUUUGAACUCGUUGAAAGCUCAUGGGAAGGUAGAUUAUAGCAAGCAUGACAAGAUCCGCUACAGCUUGACUAAAGAAGGUGAGGAGAUCGUCGCCAAGGGAUCUCACGAAAUUAGGCUACUCCAUCUUGUAGAAAAAUUCGGUAAGCUUCAAAUCAAGGAAGUGAUGACUCAGAUGGGUGCUGAUGGUAAAGUGGGCCAGGCCAGAGCCUUUAAGAACGGCUGGAUCUCGAAGAACAAAGAAAACGAGCUGACCCUUAGCGAGAAAAUUUCUUCUAGCAGUGACGUUGCCGACGAAACGAAGGAUCUGUUGUUAAAGGUCAAAGAUGACAAGCUAGAUGGGAUAGAUGAUAAAGUACUGAACGAUCUUAAAAAGCGAAAGCUUGUGGCACCUAUCAAAGAGACUUCAUUCAACAUAGUCAAGGGGUCCGAUUUCUCUACUGAUUUAACCAAGCCCGAGACUGAUUUAACCGCCGAAAUGGUCUCCACGGGCUCCUAUAAAGACCUCAAGUUCAAGCCAUACAAUUUCAACUCUGAAGGUAUCAUUCCAGAGUCUGGUGCUCUGCAUCCGUUGAGUAAGAUCCGUGAAGAAUUCAGACAAAUCUUUUUCUCCAUGGGUUUCACUGAGAUGCCAUCUAACCAGUACGUCGAGACCGGGUUCUGGAAUUUCGAUACCUUGUACGUUCCCCAGCAGCAUCCAGCACGUGAUUUGCAGGAUACCUUUUACAUCAAGGACCCUGCCCAGAGUGACUUGCCAGAAGACAAAGAGUACAUCGAAAACAUCAAGGCUGUUCACGAAGAUGGUAAGUACGAAUCUAUCGGUUACCGUUACAACUGGAAGCCCGUGGAGUCUCAAAAGCUUGUGCUCAGAACACACACAACGGCCAUUUCAGCCGCUAUGUUGAAGGAGCUUGCCAAGGAUCCUAAGCCGGUCAGACUGUUCUCCAUCGACCGCGUUUUUCGUAACGAGGCCGUGGACGCCACUCACUUGGCUGAAUUUCACCAGGUCGAAGGCGUCUUGGCAGACUUCAACAUCACCUUAGGCGACUUGAUUCAGUUCAUGGAAAGUUUCUUCGCCAAGAUGGGUGUUACAGGGCUACGUUUCAAGCCUACCUACAACCCUUACACGGAGCCUUCCAUGGAAAUUUUCUCCUGGCACGAGGGUCUAGGUAAAUGGGUUGAAAUCGGAAACUCUGGUAUGUUCAGACCGGAAAUGCUUGAGCCUAUGGGUCUACCCAAGGACUUGAGAGUCCUGGGCUGGGGUCUGUCUUUAGAGAGACCUACGAUGAUCAAGUACGGUGUUCAAAACAUUAGAGAGCUACUUGGCCACAAGGUGUCCUUAGAUUUCAUCGAAAACAACCCAGCGGCCAGACUCGACGAGGAUCUUUACGAUUAG